GCCCGAAGACCCAAACCCAAAACAAGCUGUUCGUACGCAGCGGCCGUUAUUGUGGCGCUCCACGUGACCGGCGUCGCGAUAACAUGUUUCUACGUGGCGCUAGUACUGCCACAGCUCCGAUAGCAGCACCCGAAGUCAGUUGUUGGGCUAUGGCGGCGUCGUUCGCGCAUAGGGGCCCCAGCGACGGCUCUUCGGUCUUCGAACCGUACCGUAACGGCGACAUCUCGUGCGUAGGCCAUGACUGCCGUACAAUACCCGAUAGGUUGGUGCACGCGUACGCAUUCGCCGCUUACCGCCUGGACUUGAGCUACAACCGGCUGACUACCAUACAGGGCAUCGAACAUUUUGUACAGCUUCGUGAGCUGGUGUUGGAUAACAACGAGCUUCGCGACGCGUCCGAGUUCCGCUUCAACGCACAGUUGAGCACCUUGUCUCUGAACAAGAACUACUUCGACAACCUCGACUACCUGGUGUCGUGCAUCCAGCAAUGCUACCCAUCCCUGACUUUCCUCAGCUUGCUGGGGAACCCCGCGUGCCCCGACCAGAUCAGCAACCCGGACAGGGACGACGACGAAGACUACCAAAGAUAUCGGUACUACGUGAUUCACAAGCUCCGGCAACUCAAGUUCUUGGACUCUCGUGCUGUGACCAGCGUCGAAAGGGCCGAGGCAAUGCGCGUGGGCGCCUUCAUGCGGGUCGCGCGACCACCGCUGCACUUCGCAGGGUUGGCGCCAUGGGCCGACUCCGACGACGAAAGGGAUGCUUACACGCCGCUGCCCCUCACACCGGGCGUCGGCCAUCAGCACAAGACCGUCUACGGAAUGCUCAAGUACAAGUACACUGGCAAGCACUCCGAGGGGAACCGCUUCAUUCGCAACGAUGAGCUCUGAUGCAGCUGAACUGGCGAAGAGCUGCACAUCGGAGGCAG